AAAAAAAGAGCACUCCAAUGGAAAAAAGGGAAAUUAGAACAAUUUGAGGGCAGCAAUCGGGCUCUGACCGUGGACUUCUGCCUUUGGAGACUCUCAAUACAAGGUUAAGAGGCGGAUCAGAUCGUGUUGAUCGACUGACGAGUGACGAGAACUAGAAAGGAAAAAGAAGAAGAUGGUUAUUGCAUCAGAGAUUGUGACGAAACUGGAUCUGAAGCCACACCCGGAAGGUGGGUUUUAUUCGGAGACGUUUAGGGACACUUCUGUGAUCCUCUCCAGGUCUCAACUUCCUCCUGAAUACAAGGUUGAUCGCCCUAUCAGCACGUCAAUUUACUUCUUGCUACCGUCUGGAAGUGUAUCACACCUUCAUCGUAUCCCAUGUGCAGAAACCUGGCAUUUUUAUCUGGGUGAACCUAUUACGGUUUUGGAAUUGAAUGAAAAAGAUGGGCAACUGAAAUUAACAUGCCUCGGGCCAGAUUUUGUCGGAGAUCAACGACCACAGUACACGGUGCCCCCAAAUGUUUGGUUUGGUGCAUUUCCAACAAAGGACUUCGACAUAUAUCCUGGUGGGGAAGUGCUCAAAGGUGCUCCAAGGGAUGCUGAUAGCCACUUCUCACUUGUAGGUUGCACCUGUGCACCUGCCUUUCAGUUUGAGGACUUCGAACUGGCAAAACACUCCGAGCUUGUUUCUCGAUUUCCAGCAUAUGAGCCUCUCAUCUCUUUGCUUACAUUACCCAGCUGAAAAGUGAGCACGUUUUGUCAGUCACCUGAUGCCCUGAAAGAUGCAGGCGUGUACUUUCUUUCGCUUGUAUAACUUGAAUGUAAUGUGAGACGGUAUUUCCCCAGGAAAGUUGCUGUACUCCUGGACUUCUGUAUUAGUUGAAAUACACUGGCAUGUUAGUUUUUGGCAAAUAAAGUCCCGUUUGCAAA